GAUUAGUGUGUUUUGUUUUGUCAGAGGAGAGAGAUUAGAGAGAGAGAGAGAGAGGAGUUCGGAUCAAACACUACCAUCUUUCCCUUGUUCAAACACUUCAGAUCUUGUUUUGUGCGUGUGUGUGUUUUUUUAUUUAUCUCUUCCCCCAAAUUACAAACCCUAAUUAUCUUAUUUUUAUUUUUUUCUCCUUUUUUUUUGAAUUUUAUUUUUUUCUUUAUUUUUUUCCAGACUUUUCAUCUGUUCGUCUCUUCAGAUCUCUCACUCAAAACCCUAGUUUUUAAAAUUCUCGAUUUUUGGGUCUUUAAUUGUUGUAGAAAUCGGGUCUGUUGGGUAAAGAUCGAGUCUUUUUGACCCAGAUCCAGUGGAAUCGCUGCUGUUUUUUAAAAUCCCCAAUUUUUUAGAAACCCUAAUUUUGAUUUGAGGAAUUGAAAAGUUAGGGUUUUUUAUAUGUAUGGCGUCGGAGGCUAUAGGCGGCGCCAACGAUUUGGGAGAGAAGCAAAGAUGGGGGCAUAUUAGUAAAGUUUAUACGCGGAAGUUUCAUAAUAAACGACUCAAGAAUACCCCAAACGAUGCCGUUCUGCCCGAAGAAGUCGCCGAAAAAGUCGGGGUUAAUGGAAACGGUAGAUUUAACGGUGAUGGUGAUAAAGGGAAGAGUGGUGAUGAGAAUUGUGGGACCGAGGUGGUGGUUGUUGAGGAGAAUUUAGAAACCCUAGGUGUCGAAAAGGGGACUUCGAAGGAAUUGUUGCAACCGGAGGAGGAAGUAGGUGUGGGAAAUGGGAAUUCGAAGGAGUUGCGACUGGAGGAGGAAUUAGGUGUUGAAAAUGGGAAUUUGAUAGAGUUGCAACCGGAGAAGGAAUUAUGUGUUGAGAAUGGGAAUUCUAUAGGGUUGCAAACGGAGUUAGGUGCUGAGAAUGGGAAUUUGACAGGAUUGCAACCGUAUAAGGAAUUAGGUGUGGAGAAUGGGGUAUUGGGUGGCGAUGAUAAUCGGGUUUUGGAAGUGGUGGUGGUGGAGGAUGAGGAAAAGGAGUCACUUAUGACUAGGGUUGAUGAUAAGGUUAGGAUUAAUAUAGGGGCAUCGAAUUCGAAGGAUGAGUUUCGGGAGCUAAGAAUUAAGUUAGUUAGUGAGCUUGAUCAGGUUAGGAAUUUAGUGAAGGAGCUUGAAGAGAAGGAGAUUGAGCUUAGUAAUGCUUUUGAUGUUCCUGUUCCGGGUCCUGUUGUAGAGUCAGCUCCGCUGGCUGAACCAACUCUAAGUGCAGGUGGUGGUUAUGGUCAAUCUCAGCAAUUAGGGGAUGAUGUAAUAGAAAGGAGAGCUUUGACUAGAGUACAUUCUGAGGUUGGUCCUGUGUCUCACAUGCCUUUUCGACCAGCUCCUGUGAGUAUUCCGGUGAUGGAGAGUAAUGAUUUUGGAGAUAGGAGAGUGUUGUUGAGGAGGAAUUCAGAUGCGGGUGGUAUGGUGGGUGGUCACGAUAGGAGAGCUUUAAUGAGAGUGAAUUCUGAGAUGGGUGGUGGUCAGGAUUACCGGCCUUUUAGGCAAUUAAGUGUGUCGGUUAUGGAGAACCACAAUCAUGUUUAUGGAAACGGAGAAUUUGUUGAGAAGGAGAAGAGGACUCCAAAGGCGAAUCAGUUUUAUCGCAAUUCAGAGUUUUUGCUUGGGAAGGACAGGUUGCCUCCUGAAAGCAACAAAAAGCCGAAGUCCAAUGGUGGGAGAAAACAUGGUGGAUCAGGCUUGGGGUUUGGUAUGGAUAGACACAGGAAUCAAGCUUUUAAGAAUUGUGGCAAUUUGCUCCAGAGGUUGAUGAAGCACAAACAUGGUUGGGUGUUCAAUGAACCCGUCAAUGCGAGGUUACUCGGGCUGCAUGAUUAUCAUGAUAUCAUCAAACAUCCAAUGGACUUGGGAACAAUUAAGAAUAAGCUAGCACAGAACUUGUACAAGUCCCCUGCGGAGUAUGCUGAGGAUGUACGGCUUACUUUUAGUAAUGCCAUGACAUAUAAUCCGCCGGGGCAAGAUGUUCAUGUUAUGGCCUCACAGUUGUCGGAAAUUUUUGAAGAAAAAUGGCAAGCUAUAGAAUCCGAGUAUAAUCAUGAGUGGAGAAAUGAAAUGAUGCAUUAUGCAGGAUUACAUACUCCUACUUCAAGACUGGCUCCCCCUCUGUCAAUGAGGGCUCUGGAUAGGUCUCAGUCUAUGUUGACUCCUGGUGAUUCCAGGCCGAGACCUUCUAUACCUCCAGUCACCAGGACACCAGUACCAAAGAAGCCUAAAGCAAAGGAUCCAAAUAAGAGGGACAUGACUUAUGAGGAAAAGCAAAAGCUAAGUACAAACCUGCAGAGCUUACCCUCAGAAAAGCUAGAUAGCAUUGUUCAAAUCAUCAAGAAGAGAAAUUCUACUCUUAAUCAACAUGAUGAUGAAAUUGAAGUUGAUAUAGAUAGUGUUGAUGUUGAAACACUUUGGGAGCUUGAUAGGUUAGUUACCAAUUACAAGAAGAGUCUAAGCAAGAACAAAAGAAAAGCUGAAAUUGCCAGAGAAAGAGCUGAAGCUGCUCGUAAUAAUGCGGCACUGAACCAAGCCCCUCCAGUUAUGGUGCCGCCUAAAGAUAAUGGAAGAGCAGGUGAAAUGGACGUUGCAAACGGUGUUUCUGUUCCAGUUGAGAAGCAACAUGAAAACACUAGUAGGUCAAGCAGCAGUUCAAGCAGUUCUAGUAGUGACUCUGGAUCCUCUUCAAGUGAUUCAGAUAGUGAUAGUUCCUCGGCAGAUGGAUCAGAUGCUGGGCACUCGCCUAGGAGUUGAAUGGAAAAGAUUAAGCAAGAAGGCACCAGGCUAUGCUACUCGGGGAUUUCUAAAUAUGUUUUAGGCUUUCUGGCUGGAGAAUCCUGUGCCUUAAUUUAAUGUUUUGGAGGGUGUGUUAACGGAACUUUCAUUCAUUUAUCGUCAUUUGUCUUGUUGGCCUACCUUUUAAGAUGGCCUGAUAGAGGGCAAUGUUAGUGAGAUGUUGAUAUGAUGGUGUUGAUGGGAGACUCCUUUGUGUAGCAGAUGUACAUUGCUUAGAACUGCUACAAGUUUCUGCCAUGACAAACCCUAUAUUAGGUAUUGUAUGCGUGGCAUUGCAUCACAGUUUGUGUUAUGUUUGGAAGGGCUAUGUCAGGUUAGUUCAAAUUAGUGGGAACGAAAAGGUCAGGAUCAGACAUGUAUAUUUUAGUUUAGUUUAGUGUAGCUUAACAUUAGGUCUAAUGUUUGCCUUUUACAGUUUUCUAGCGUGUACCUUUAUUUAAUGACAGCAGUACAGUUCUUGCAAGUUCCCUUUAUGUUAUGACAAGACCAUUAUUCGAA